AUGGGCUUUUUUAAACGUUUUCUAUCCCUCGGCAGCCUCAAGUCCAAGAAGAAGCAGAAGCGCGCCUCGACAAAGCCUCCUCCCGCGGUAAAGGCUGACGCACAAGGGCGUAUCGUCCAGGACAAGCCCCGCAGGCAAGACCCAGACGCCAACCGCCUCCUCCGCACCACUUCAGCCCGCUUUGCUGACACCCAAGACGUCGACGUUCCCCCUCUGCCUGAGCCCACUAACACUUUGACUCCUGCACGUUCACUAUCUCCCGCACCUUCCGCCGCGACGUCUACCACCGUCCAUCGCCGCGGCACCUUCGUUGUCAAGGUGCACGAACGCCAGCUGCAUUCUCGCACAGAAUUCCCCCACGCCAACCCGCCCCUCCCGACCCGUAAUGACCCAACGACCCCCGACGACGAUACGUCUGCACGACGACACAGACUAAGAGAUUCGCUCUUCACGCCGAAGGACCAGAGCCGCCUUCUCGCUCUGCGCCACGAUCCCUCCGUAGCCAGCCUGCUCAACAUGUACGACGACAACGGCUGCCUCGACUCCUACGUCUUCUCCAACACCCCCGACACACCCGCGCCCAUUCACCAUAUUCACCUCGGCCACGAGCCACGCCGGCGCACGGGCUCCACCCUUCAUGAGCUGCUUGGCGAGCCCCUGCCUCAACCUGCCUACCGUGCCAACGCGAAUGCCAACGCCGCAGACGCCAUAGAAGGAGACAUCUCCUGGGCGGAACGCUUCCUCAGGGAACGCCUCGACGGCGGCUCUGAGACGUCCUCGCUCGCGCUGCAGCCCCCACACACUCGUUUCUCCGAUCAUGACCGUCAUUCUGAACACGCCCUCGCGGACCUAUCCGCAGACCUCUCCCUUGACUUCCCCGCUAUCUCUUCUAUGGAGGUUGAGCUCAGCGCUGGCAGUCCCGCGCCCUCGCCCACGCCAGCGCCCGACACAGCUGGACCCACGCCCGGAGGAGGAAGGGCGGUGGACCCCAAGACGCCUCAAAGCGCGUCCACCGUCUUCGGCUUCCUCACCGAGCGCUGCAAGUUCGUCCGCGAUCGCACGGUCUCCGCUCUCCCGAGCCUCGACUCGGACACCGCGUCCUCGACGACGAGCAAGAUCCUGCCGCCCACGCCGGGUACCGCCAGCCCUGUCUCCCCGAGCUCCCCCGUUUCAUCUCUGGGCUCCCGCACGCGCUCUCGGCGCUCCACCGCACAGAUACAGAGCGUCACGGUGAUGACGCCCGCCAUCGCAUUCGCGCGUUCGGCGUCGUCCGUCCGAAUUGCGACGGUGCAGGAUGACCCCGAAAAUCCGUUCCUGGACCACGCGCCGAAGCAUUGUCCGUUGGUUGACAAGAUACCCCCUUCCCGGAUACCCCGCGGUCCUCGUCUACGCGGAGCCGCGCAGGACGUGCCGGCGGACCAAGCAGACGCCGCUGUCACCCACAUGUACGCACAACCUUCUGCAACCCUCGCACUCCCCCGCGCGUCUCGCUCCAGCUCGAGGGAACGCGGCGGCGGGCUGUCCGCAUCCCGCACUCCCUCCCGCCCAUCUACGGCAGGCAGCUCCGUGUCUGCAGUGAACGAUGCUGCGGACGCCGUUGCGCACCGUGUGAGGCCCGGCCGUCCGAGCCAUGUCCGCAAGCUGGACUGGUUCGACGGUGCUGCCGCCUACGACGAUGACGAGGAGGAUAAGGAGAACAGCGCGGAUGCGUCGCGUCCGAAACAUCACCGUACACUUCCACUACGGCACUUUGAUCCUCCCUCCAAUCAAUCGCACCCACACCCGUACAUGCACCCGCUCCAGCAACCCCUCAAUCGAAACAAGUCCACUGAGGGCGAGCCCGUGACGCCCGCGCGCGCACGCACGGUGUUUGAGGCGCGGUACCCGAACUAUGCGGGAGGCGAGCCGCCUUCGCCCGCGUCAUCGUCGGAGCUGUCGCCGCUCGGGCAGGACAUGAUGCACAACGUGCGGAAAGAGCGCAUGCGCGCGCGGGAUGCGCAACGCUGGACGGGACGCGUGCGUGGCAGCGGUGCAAAGGAGUAG